AUGGAGGGACGCCCUGCCCAGCGCCGCGCGCCCGGACCGCUGCUGCUGCAGCUGCUGCUGCUGCUGCUCUGGGCAGCCCCGGGGCGCGCGCCGCCUUCCAAAGCGGCGCGCGGCGUGGCCGUCCCGUUCGCCUUCGACCCGCGCGCCGCCUGCAGCCCGCCGUGCCAGCACGGGGGCCUGUGCGUCCGGAACGCCACCUGCUUCUGCGCCCGGGGCUACGAGGGCGAGCUCUGCCAGCACGCAACUUGUUAUCCAAAAUGUAAAAAUGGUGGGAAGUGUCUCAGACCUGGAAAAUGCAGGUGUCAACCUGGCUACGGAGGAAGGUACUGUCAUAAAGUAAGCUGUGAAGGAGGAUGUCAGAAUGGUGGGGAGUGCAUCUCUGUCAACGGGAUGGUAAAGUGCAUUUGUGCUUCAGGAUGGACAGGUUCAAGAUGCCAAGAAGCAAUUUGCCCUCAAGGAUGUCGGAAUGAAGGCUCUUGUGUGGCUCCUGGAAUCUGCAGCUGUGCUGCCGGCUGGGUUGGUGGGGCAUGCCAUUUAGCACUGUGUAGACUGCCUUGUCACCAUGGAGGCAAAUGUAUUGCUCCAGAUGUGUGCAGAUGUCGUUCACCAUACUCUGGUCUACAAUGUACCAAGAGAAUAAAGGAGUAAAACUGCCUUCUUGG